GGUUUGCGCAGAUAAGGUUCACAGAACGUAGCAGGUGCACAUCUCUCUACUCGCCCCGCCCACUCCACAACUAUGAUUUAAGUUAAGUUGUCACGCUGCAUUAUGAUCUUUCGAGACUGAUUGAUUUCAAAACUCAAAGGGGUUUCGAGUUUCAGAGUGUCUCUUGGCUAGAGAUGAAUCCGGAUUCGGACUACGGCAUGUCUACAGUGAGCUGUGGAAACGGGAAGCUCCGCUCGUGGCUGAUCGAGCAGGUUGACACCGGGAAGUACGCAGGCCUCGUGUGGGAGAACGACGACAAGAGCAUCUUCAGGAUACCGUGGAAGCACGCAGGCAAGCAGGACUACAACCGGGACGAGGAUGCCGCUCUCUUCAAGGCUUGGGCGCUGUUUAAGGGCAAGUUUCGCGAGGGCAUCGACAAACCUGACCCACCUACGUGGAAGACGCGCCUGCGGUGCGCACUCAACAAAAGUAACGAUUUCGAAGAGCUCGUGGAAAAGAGUCAACUGGACAUCUCAGACCCCUACAAAGUCUACCGGAUUAUACCCGAGGGCGCCAAGAGACAUUUCUUGCUAUCAGGAUCCAAACAGGAGGAUGGUGGCAGCCCGCAGACUCCCCCGAGCUAUCCCAUGCACCCCUCCUACCCCGCCCUACAGACUCAGAUGUCUGGGUACAUGUCCAGUGCAGAGCGAGGCUGGAUGAGGGACUAUCUUCCAGAGCAGACCUCGCUCCCUGAGCUGCCCUAUGCCCAGUGUUCCUACCCCUCACGCAGCCUACCCUGGGCCCAGGGCCCCAGCAUGGACAACGGGUACCAGAUCACAGGGUCCUUCUACACCUACCCUACUGAUGGCCAGCCCUCCCCCUUCACACUGGACACCAGCAUGAGAUCAGCCGAGGCACUCUCAGAUAUGCGGUUACAUGUGUCAGUGUUCUACCGGGACUCAUUGUGGAGGGAGGUGACCACCUCUAGUCCUGAAGGCUGUCGCAUCACUCCCUGCUCCCCAGACGACAAGCUCUAUUCCCCCACUGGAGGUCCAGACCUGGUGCCCCUACCCCUGGACAGCCUCCCAGCCCUGGGGAGGGGGGAGGAGUGCCCCCCCAGCCCCCCUGGUGGUACCCUGGAGAGGGGCGUGCUGCUAUGGAUGGCCCCAGAUGGCCUCUACGCUCGGCGGCUGUGCCAGGAGAGAGUGUUCUGGGAGGGAGGGUUAUCGCCCUACGGAGAUAAACCCAACAAGCUGGAGAGAGAACACACCUGUAAACUACUGCAUACACAGGACUACUUUGCAGAGCUGCAGGGCUAUGCCCACCACAUCUCUCCUCUGUACCUAAUCUAACCAUUUCCACCUCACCUCACCUCCCUCCCUGUUUGUCUCAGAGCUGCGGGGCUAUGCCCACCACGUCUCUCCUCUGUACCUAAUCUAACCAUCUCCACCUCACCUCACCUCCCUCCCUGUUUGUCUCAGAGCUGCAGGGCUAUGCCCACCACGUCUCUCCUCUGUACCUAAUCUAACCAUCUCCACCUCACCUCACCUCCCUCCCUGUUUGUCUCAGAGCUGCAGGGCUAUGCCCACCACAUCUCUCCUCUGUACCUAAUCUAACCAUUUCCACCUCACCUCACCUCCCUCCCUGUUUGUCUCAGAGCUGCAGGGCUAUGCCCACCACGUCUCUCCUCUGUACCUCAUCUAACCAUCUCCACCUCACCUCACCUCACCUCCCUCCCUGUUUGUCUCAGAGCUGCAGGGCUAUGCCCACCACGUCUCUCCUCUGUACCUAAUCUAACCAUUUCCACCUCACCUCACCUCCCUCCCUGUUUGUCUCAGAGCUGCAGGGCUAUGCCCACCACAUCUCUCCUCUGUACCUAAUCUAACCAUUUCCACCUCACCUCACCUCCCUCCCUGUUUGUCUCAGAGCUGCAGGGCUAUGCCCACCACGUCUCUCCUCUGUACCUAAUCUAACCAUUUCCACCUCACCUCACCUCCCUCCCUGUUUGUCUCAGAGCUGCAGGGCUAUGCCCACCACGUCUCUCCUCUGUACCUAAUCUAACCAUUUCCACCUCACCUCCCUCCCUGUUUGUCUCAGAGCUGCAGGGCUAUGCCCACCACAUCUCUCCUCUGUACCUAAUCUAACCAUCUCCACCUCACCUCACCUCCCUCCCUGUUUGUCUCAGAGCUGCAGGGCUAUGCCCACCACUUCUCUCCUCUGUACCUAAUCUAACCAUCUCCACCUCACCUCACCUCCCUCCCUGUUUGUCUCAGAGCUGCGGGGCUAUGCCCACCACGUCUCUCCUCUGUACCUAAUCUAACCAUCUCCACCUCACCUCCCUCCCUCCCUGUUUGUCUCAGAGCUGCGGGGCUAUGCCCACCACAUCUCUCCUCUGUACCUAAUCUAACCAUUUCCACCUCACCUCACCUCCCUCCCUGUUUGUCUCAGAGCUGCAGGGCUAUGCCCACCACGUCUCUCCUCUGUACCUAAUCUAGCCAUUUCCACCUCACCUCCCUCCCUCCCUCCCUGUUUGUCUCAGAACUGCAGGGCUAUGCCCACCACGUCUCUCCUCUGUACCUAAUCUAACCAUUUCCCCCUCACCUCACCUCCCUCCCUGUUUGUCUCAGAGCUGCAGGGCUAUGCCCACCACGUCUCUCCUCUGUACCUAAUCUAACCAUUUCCCCCUCACCUCACCUCACCUCCCUCCCUGUUUGUCUCAGAGCUGCAGGGCUAUGCCCACCACGUCUCUCCUCUGUACCUAAUCUAACCAUCUCCACCUCACCUCACCUCCCUCCCUGUUUGUCUCAGAGCUGCAGGGCUAUGCCCACCACGUCUCACCUCUGUACCUAACUUAACCAUCUA